GCAGGCGUUCCCUGCAGCGGUCGCUACUCGCAAGCCACUCACUCGCCCCGCCAGUGAGGCUAGAACGCUUGUACACACACUGGUUACAGGCAGUGUGUCGUCAGAACACUCCUUUUUUGUGUAACUGUGUGCGUGUUUGUGUUGUGUGCUACUGUGCUAUUAUUAGUUCUGUUCGUUUUUUAUGCGAGGGACAGUGUGAGGCAAAGCGUUUAUCGAUCCGUCUUCCGCGAUCUUUAGUUUUUAUAAGACUCGUUUUUUGAAAUGAGCCUCCAGUCGGCGUGACCUACAAGAAAGGCUAGUGCUUCGUACGAGACCGACUGGUAAGGAAGACGUUUAUAGCCAACAAAGAUGUCCCAGGGUGUCUUGACGUCACUUCCGAUGACCCGAAGAUAAGGACACGCUCAGCUCGAUAGAGACAAUCGGAGUGCGCAUAGGACCAUGUCGACGAUAGACGGGCGGCCGGCACAAUAUGGCGUCUCUCUCAAACAGUUGCGAGAGCUCAUGGAGCAUCGUGGCAGGGAGGGCAUUGCCAAACUUUCAGAAUUCGGUGGUGUUCAAGAAUUAUGUAAAAAAUUAUACACAUCGCCUAGUGAAGGUCUUAGCGGUUCGGUAGCAGACUGUGAACAUAGGAGAGAAACUUUUGGUUCAAAUACAAUUCCACCUAAGCCCCCUAAAACGUUCCUCCAGCUAGUAUGGGAAGCUCUGCAAGAUGUCACUCUCAUCAUCCUUGAAAUAGCUGCACUUGUUUCCUUAGGUCUAUCAAUCUAUAAACCCCCUGAAGAUGAAGGUAAAGCAGCUAUCAUAGACGAAGACGAAGCAAAACACGGAUGGAUUGAAGGCUUGGCUAUUCUUAUAUCAGUCAUCGUAGUAGUCAUAGUAACAGCAUUUAAUGACUACACGAAGGAGCAACAAUUUAGAGGUCUACAAAAUCGAAUUGAAGGGGAGCACAAGUUUUCUGUCAUAAGGCAAGGAGAAGUAAAACAAAUAUCUGUGGGUGACAUCGUUGUAGGUGACAUCUGUCAGAUAAAAUAUGGAGAUUUACUUCCGGCAGAUGGUAUUUUAAUCCAAAGUAAUGAUCUAAAAAUUGACGAAUCAUCAUUAACAGGAGAGUCAGACCAUGUCAAAAAGGGAGAAAGUUUUGAUCCUAUGGUUCUGUCAGGAACACACGUAAUGGAAGGAAGCGGGAAGAUGCUGGUCACAGCUGUGGGAGUUAACUCACAGGCCGGUAUCAUCUUCACACUGCUGGGUGCUGCUGUCGACGAGCAAGAACAAGAAAUCAAGAAGAAGAGGAAAGAAGCUAAAAAGAUGCGCAAGAAGAAGAGUUUGACAGGUGGAGUCGAUGAGGAAGCGCCGGUGACCGGCAACAGUCACGUGAGUGCCGGACCUGUAGGCGUCGCAGCAGCGGAGAACCACGCUGGAGUGGACGGUGCACCACGCAUCGAUGGUGGUGGUAGCGGCGGCGACAAGGUGCCUCAUGAGGGUGCUGCGGACCACAAGAAGGAAAAGUCCGUCCUGCAAGCCAAACUCACCAAAUUAGCCAUCCAGAUAGGUUACGCAGGAUCAACCAUUGCUGUACUGACAGUGGUCAUUCUGGUUACCCAGUUCUGCAUAAGGACAUUUGUCAUCGAGAACAAGCCAUGGAAGAAUAUUUACAUCAGUGAGUUUGUGAGGCACCUGAUCAUCGGUGUGACAGUAUUGGUGGUAGCUGUGCCUGAGGGGUUACCCCUCGCCGUGACCCUCUCACUGGCUUACUCAGUCAAGAAAAUGAUGAAAGACAACAACUUGGUUCGACAUUUGGAUGCCUGUGAAACCAUGGGAAACGCAACUGCCAUCUGCUCGGACAAGACCGGAACACUCACUACUAACAGGAUGACGGUCGUGCAGUCAUACAUCUGUGAAGUUUUGAGCAAAACAACACCAAAAUUCUCUACCAUUCCAUCAAAUGUCGCAAAUCUCAUCAUCCAUGGCAUAUCAAUCAACUCAGCUUACACUUCACGUAUCAUGCCUUCUGAGGAUAACGCGGACUUGCACAAGCAAGUGGGUAACAAGACAGAGUGCGCACUGCUGGGCUUUGUGCUGGGUCUGGGCAAGAGCUACCAGACGAUACGGGAUGACAUGCCAGAGGAGAUGUUCACCAGGGUGUACACGUUCAACUCGGUCAGGAAGUCCAUGUCCACCGUGAUCCCCAGGCAAGGUGGAGGAUACAGACUCUUCACCAAGGGUGCCUCAGAAAUCAUCCUCAAAAAGUGCGCUUUCAUAUACGGAAGAGAUGGUAAUCUGGAGAAGUUCACACGUGAAAUGCAAGAUCGACUUGUGCGCAACGUCAUUGAACCUAUGGCUUGUGACGGGCUGCGUACAAUUUCCAUUGCGUACCGAGACUUUGUGCCGGGCAAGGCUGAGAUCAACCAGGUCCACAUCGACACAGAACCCAACUGGGACGAUGAAGAGUAUAUCUGCAACAACUUGACAGGCCUGUGUGUUGUCGGUAUUGAGGAUCCUGUCAGACCAGAGGUACCAGACGCUAUUCGUAAGUGUCAGCGGGCUGGCAUCACGGUGCGUAUGGUCACAGGAGAUAACAUAAACACUGCACGUUCCAUCGCAACCAAGUGUGGUAUUCUCAAGGCAGGAGACGACUACCUCAUCCUGGAGGGCAAGGAAUUCAAUAGGCGGAUCCGAGAUGCAAAUGGUGAAGUGCAACAACAUUUGCUGGACAAAGUGUGGCCCAAACUCAGGGUACUGGCUCGUUCAUCCCCAACUGACAAGUACACUCUGGUCAAGGGUAUCAUCGACAGCAAGAUCAGUGAAAGUCGGGAAGUGGUGGCUGUCACCGGAGAUGGAACCAAUGAUGGCCCUGCUCUCAAGAAAGCUGAUGUCGGUUUUGCCAUGGGUAUUGCUGGCACGGACGUAGCCAAGGAAGCCUCUGACAUUAUCCUGACAGACGACAACUUCAGCAGUAUAGUGAAAGCGGUGAUGUGGGGCCGUAACGUAUACGACAGCAUAGCUAAGUUCCUUCAGUUUCAGCUCACUGUCAAUAUAGUGGCAGUCAUCGUGGCCUUCAUCGGUGCUUGUGCUGUGCAAGACAGUCCCCUCAAGGCUGUGCAAAUGUUGUGGGUGAACCUUAUAAUGGAUACUCUUGCCUCACUGGCCCUCGCCACGGAAAUGCCCACUCCCGACCUUCUACUGCGCAAGCCUUAUGGACGCACAAAGCCCCUCAUCUCCAGAACCAUGAUGAAGAACAUCCUUGGUCAGGCCAUUUACCAACUGGGAGUAGUCUUUGCUCUCCUUUUUGUUGGCGACAAGCUGCUUGACAUCCCAACAGGACGUAACACCAAACCUGGUGCAGAGCCCAGUCAGCACUUCACCGUUAUUUUUAAUACCUUUGUUAUGAUGACAUUGUUCAAUGAAAUCAAUGCAAGAAAGAUCCACGGGCAGCGAAACGUUUUUGAAGGCCUAUUUACAAACCCAAUUUUUUAUUGCAUAUGGAUCGGAACUGCCCUUUCUCAGGUGGUAAUCAUCCAAUUUGGACGAGAAGCGUUUUCGACAAAGAGCCUGACUAUGGAGCAAUGGGGCUGGUGUCUGUUCUUCGGGGUGGGAACUCUGCUCUGGGGCCAGGUUGUCACCACUGUCCCCACCAGGAGAAUACCCAAGAUCUUAUCAUGGGGCCGAGGCCACCCUGAACAGUACACUGAGGCUAUCGCCCUUGGAGAGGACAAGUACGAUGCGGAGGGCUCGGACAAGAAGCCUAGGGCUGGCCAGAUCCUGUGGAUCCGUGGCCUCACCAGACUACAGACUCAGGUGAUAGGAGGUGAAUUGCAAGAACGUUUGAUUCCGGUACCGUACAGCAAGAGCUCCACUGAUCAAGCUAUUCGAGUAGUUAACGCUUUCCGACAGGGCCUAGACGCUCGUUACGGUGAGUCCCUUGCGGAAGUCCUACGAAAGCAGACAUCUCUUAGUAAACGAUUAUCACAGACUUCUUCCAUCGAGUACGCAGAUAAUGUGCCGGACGAGUUGACUGUGCCGGAGAUCGACGUAGAACGGCUGUCAUCUCACAGUCACACGGAGACAGCGGUCUAGUCCCACCUCCCACCCACCAACUCACGUCCACUCGGUCUCACUUUGUUUCCGAGUACUUGCCCCCCUAAAAGAGCUAAGACCCUGUUGUUUAUUGUUGCGAGGGUCAGUGUUGGAUACGGUGAGUGCGAUCUGUGCGAAUUGUGCCUGAACCAGAGUGCAACGUUACCAGUGUUGGAGGUGAAUGCUCUUUAUGCAUGUAAUUAUUGUAAGAUAAAAUAGAAUAAAUUAUUAUUACUUAUCGAUACAGUAAGCUGAGUGUUUUUGUGAGGGGAGGCGGCAGCUGUGCUUGUGUGAUGCCAAACUUUGUUACGAGUAUAAUAUGAUAUAGUUUUGAUUUUAAUUUUGUUAUCGCCUCCUCUCAUUUAAAAGCCAAGUGCCAGGACUGUAGGCUGUAGUUUUGUUAUCGAUUUCUCGGUGUUGUCCGUUGUUCCUGAUUGACACUUAUACCUUUCUUGUGACCAAGCGGUCUCAGGUCUCACUUCCUCCAAUCCACAUUGAUAACCUCAAGAAAAUGUUGUUGAAUGUUCUACCGUGUAAAUCCGAUACUAAGCAGUUGCAAUUUUGUUAGUCUGGGUUGUUAAGCUAUGUGUAGAGCCUGCUUGCUCUCUCUCUCUCUCUCUAUCUCUCUCUCUCUAUCUCUCUCUGUACUCUAUCCGCUAUAGUUUACUUUGUAACUCUGUUGUGUGACUGCAACUUUCUGUCUGUAUAAAGAGGAAAUUCUAGGUGUUGCAAAUAUGCAUUAGUUUAUAAUGAACUUUCCAUGGGCUGUUUGAGUAAAUUACAAGCAAAGUUUUGACUGAUAGGGGUUUAUAGUAGACAACACUAGAAUCACCACGUGUAUUGUAGCAUUCACUCUUAGAAACGUCUCUCGCAGAGACUUUACCAUUAGUAGUCUUGUAUUUACUCACCUCUAUUUUCUCUGAGCAAGUGCAUAUACAGUAACUAUGAUUCUGAUUUUCGUUAACCUACAAGUGGUAUCGCUCGAAUUUGUGUAACAGAAUUAUUGAGACUACCAAAUUUUAAAAAAUUACACGGUCAGCAUAACAUAUUGCUAGCUCUAGACAGGGAUUUGGCAGUCAACAAUUUUAUUGAUUUUAUAUUAUGAUUAUCAUUUUAUAGUUAAAUAAAUUAAAAUUUCUAUUAUCAUUGUGAAUAAGUAUAUAUCACUAAUACUUUUCGUCAAAUAAAAAGUUUGGUGAUUUCAUAACCUUGUUAAAGAUAUGUGUAUAAAUUUAUUUCAAAUAAAUCUGUACCUUCCCUGAACAUUUUGUAAAGCCAAGUCCGUAUGUGUUGGCUAUGUUGUACUUAUAAUUCAUUGUAUUAUUGUUGAAUUUACUCAGCGUUAUGUGCCUUAUGUCCAUGCUUUAUUUUGUUGUUGACGCUGUAUCAUUUUGUUAGUUAUAUAUAUUUAGCUUAAUUUAUCCGUGUACCCGAUCGUAUUAUGAGGUUCAAUAUCGAAAGAGUCUCUUCUAAAUGGAUACACUUAUAAUUGUAGCUAUUCACUUCUGUUCCGACACAAUAUCUUUAUUUUAUGAAAGACUUUAGAGUUUCCAAUGUUUAAGUUUUGUUUAUUUUUGUAUAUGUAUCGUCUGAAAAAGUGUCUACAGAGGCAUUGUUUCUAAUUUAAUAAAGGAAACUUGUUGAAACAUAUAUUGCAUGUCAGAUAUGGGAUAUUACAGUAAUUAGAGGCUCAUCAUAAACGAAUAAGUGAUGUGUUCUAAAUUUAUUUUAAAUGUAAACAUAAACUUGUAAAAGUUUAAAAAUGUUAUUGCACUCUUUAAACUUAUUUUAUGAUUUAGCUGUCCUAUUAAAAACUAACUGAACAUUUGUAUUGUACAGUAAUAACUACUCAAGAAAUAUACACUUGAAGAGAAUAUAUAAGUCGCAAGCUUCUGCUGGUCAGAAUGGUUUUGCUGAAUCAUCUGAGCUUGAUCCCCGUAGCAGGAUAGAAUGUUGAGUCGAUACAUGCACACUUGUGGAAGAGUGUGUUCGGGUUCGGUGGCUACGAGCUCACUCAUUGCGCGACAGUACAACUCGAGCUGACGUUAACUAUGCUGCAGUCCAGGCUGUCUUCUUAUCAGUGUAUUGUACGUGUUGUGUCACAGAAUUAAAGUUUAGUUUGUAAAUGUGUAUUUGCGGAGUACGUCAGCAGGCUGAUUGUCCCAGAUAAAUGCCGCACUGGGGGUACAAGUCAGGUCAGUAUUAUUUUACAAAUUUAGGAAGGCGUUACUGAAACAAGCACUUGAACUCAGGCUUUUUGAAUGAAUCCCCAGUUGCUCGCUCGACUGUACAUAAGUCACUCGACUUGUGCAAUGAAUUGAAUUCAAAAUUGUAUCCCUCGCAUGAUACACAUUUGGAAUCGGUCACUACUCUGCAAACUGUCACAUUGGCUUGAGCUCGAUUCCUUUAUGUAUAAACACCCGUCAUGCAGUAUAAGCAGGCAAUACACUGUCCGUGGGUGCACUGUACAUGGCACGAUAAAUCACUGCCUUCAGAAAAAUACAGCUUCUUCUCCUUCUAUCUUUAUUUUGGCAAUGGUACAUAUAGUUGUGGAACAAAGUGAGUGCCCAUUAUCAACAAUGAAAAUUUGUGUGCAUGUUAUAAUUGUAAAUAACGCACUGAACACUAUCUGUAACUUGAUAACUAACUGCAGUAUUUCUACUUGUAUUGUAAAACCAAAAGAUUAGUUUUUACAGCAAUAUUUCGACACAGUGAGCUCGGCGACAGUGACACGACAACAAUAUGCACAUUCAAACCCGCCCAGAGAACGGGAAUUUCAUUUUAAGAGGAAAUAUAUCAUCUUAUGUUUCUACUUACGUUGCAAAACAUUCACAAACAACAUCUUUGUAUACCUGCAAUUAAAUGUAUGUAUUAAAUACAUUCCAAAAUUAUAGUCACUUUUCAGUUAGAGUUGUAACUUGGUUUCUAUCUCAGAAUCGUACCAUGGUACAUUAUACUUGGAAAAGUCCCCAUUUGAAAUAAAUUUAUUAUUCUUGACAUUACGCAAAUGGGUUAUACUGCUAUUAUCAGUUUCAAAUAAUUUGUGUCAGAUUAAUUUUUGUGUUGAUAAAUUCUAGUAGUUUUUAUGAAUUUAUUUAAAAAUAAAUGUUUUUGUGUGUAUUAUAUUGUUACAUCUACCAUUGAAAAUAUAUAAAGGACAGCAAAAUUUGUAAAUGAUAGAUUUAUAGUGAAUAAUAGAAUAACACGUAAUUUACCUGGAACUUUUGUAAUUCUGGGUAGUAGGACAAUUUCCAUCACUUACCUUCCUAACUCUCCUUCUCUGGGCAGGCCUGCGCACACUCCGGAUGAAGGCCCAGUAACGAACACUUGUGACCUUCACAAACUCUGUGUUCUAAACACACACUCCAACGAACAUUCAUUCGGUCUAAAUAUCCAUUAACAUCAUUACACUUGUAAACACGUGCGAUUUGUCUCAUACGGCUCUCACACAUAGAUUCAGUUCGGCACUCAUAUAACGGCUUAGUUUGGCAGUCACACAUUGAUUCAGUUCGGCACUCACGUAUUGACUCAGUUCGGCCCUCACACAUCGGCUCAGUUGGUACUCACACGUUGACUCAGUUCGGCACUCACACAUCGAUUCUGUUUAACACUCAUACACUGACUCAGUUCGGCACUCACACAUUGACUCAGUUUUAUACUCACACAUUGGGAGGAGCUCAGGUACCACAGGUAAAAACACAUCUACAUUCACUGUUGGCACAGUCCUGCUAAUGUAAAAAGCUAAAAAUUGCCUUUUUCUACUCCAAUCGCAGUAAAUAAAUUUAUUUACCCAUUAGUUGUAAAAUAAUCUAGUUAAAGGUUUAAGAGUAUAUUAACAAAAAAUAGGUUUAAGUAGAUCGUAUAUCUUGACUUUGUUGCAGGUUGAAUGUUUCACUAUUUCAUAAGAAUUGAACUUGUGUAUACUAUGUUUUAUUACAUUAGUACAAUUACGUACUUACAGAUACUCAUUGUGCGUAUAUAUACGUAUACAAUGUAUAUGUAUAUAUGUACGAUGGGUUGAUAGCCAUCAUCGUGCUUACUUUUGUGUCCACCAUAGUGUUGGAUCCUUUUUUAUUUUAGAACUUAUAAGUAAUUCUCGGUCAGCCUUAAUUAUAUUGUUAUGGAUCGUGCACUUUGUAAAUGCUGAGACCAAUUAAAUAAUACAUGUGUUUAUUAUAUACACGAUGAACUAAAACAUUUGUACUGAUAAUAUUCUAAUGGCGUUCUUAGCUUUUUCUUAUUUUCAAAUGAUACACCUAUAUAUCUACUUGUUUCAAUGUAUUCUGUGUGAAAGGUGCCUCACUGGGGACAGCUAAACCGCAUAAUUUAUUUAAUGUUCAGGGGUAACCAUCAUCCGAAUUAUUUUAAAAUCCACUCUAUAGAUUUUGUCUUACUUUUACAUUGCUAAUGGGUGUGGUGACAUAUAAUCAGUAAAUAAGGGGCAAUUGCUUUUUUGUAUUUGUGUUAUCCUUUUGUUGGAGAAAUGUAUAUUUUGUAAUGAUUAGUGUUUUAUUUAGUUACUCAGCUACUUUUACCUAUUUUUUAAUUGAUACAUUGAUGCACUUCCAUACCCCUGCUACUGAGUCCAGUUGAUAACAAGGGUAUUAUAUUUAUAAUCACUCUUAAAUUAAGUUGGUUAUUUAUUAAAAUGUAAUUGUUACUUUGGUCAUUAUUGUAACAGGUACAAAUAAAAUAAGCUACUUGGUUAUUAAAUACCCUUAUACGUGUUA